UGUACCUGGUUUUCAUUCAGUAACCAUGUUUUCACGAGCAAUUGUGUCAACCCUUUACGUCCUUUUGGUAGGACGACUCACACUCGCAGGGACAAUUUAUCCAUGUGGUGAAGAUCUGCAGGUGCUGCGGCACGCAACAAGUUGCUCAAAGUUCGUGGUUUGCAUGCAUGGGCAAGCAGUUGAGCGAUCGUGUCGUCCAGGAUUUCAUUUUGAUCCUGCAGCACAGCAAUGUAAACCAGCAUCAGAGGUGAAUUGUACCCUCGAAACAGACCCGUGUCCUCCGUAUGAUGAUCCCAGCCACAUGAUCAUUCAUCCUGAUAUUGAUUUCUGCAACCGCUUUCAUGUAUGCUACAGUGGGCAAAAAAUUGAGAUGAGUUGUGCCUCAGGGCUCUACUGGGAUCGAACUAAUGAAUUCUGUACGUAUCCAGAGGAAGCUGACUGCCCUACCAGCAUCAACUGCCCUAAUUUACCUGGUAUCAGCUAUGAACCUCAUCCAAAGCGAUGUGACGGUUAUUUCAUCUGUAUUAAUGGGGAUCUAAUAGAAGUAGCAACAUGCUCACCUCCCAUGAUCUUUGACAUACACGAUCGCAACUGCAAUACACCUGAACUUGCACAGUGCAUCCGAGAUCCGUGCAUUGGCACCCAGGGGCAAAUUAGUAUUCAGGAUCCAGAGGAUUGUCGAGUGGUGGUUCUCUGCCAGUAUGGACGGGAAAUCAACCGAAUCACCUGUCCACCUGGGCAAAUUAGUGAUGAUUAUGGCACAUGUCAACCUGGAGAUCCCGAAACAUGUGAGAUUUUUGUAUGAAGAUAAAUUCUGUUAAAAAUAAAGGGAUUUGAGAGCCAGAUUUAUUUGAAAGGAAA